CGUCUCUAUUGCGUCACUUGAAGUAUAAAAGCUACUUGUUUACCCAAGUUCAUUCACUCAGAUUUCAGCAGACGAGGAAGCAAUUAAAAAGUGCAACACACUAUAAAGCACUGGAAUGUACAAGACCGGAUUGUUCCUUCUUUUAUCCCUGUGCGUCCUGGCUUGCGAAGGCGCCGACCCUUGUUGCUCACAGCCAUGCCAGAAUCGUGGUGUGUGUACAGCUCUUGGUCAAGACUCUUAUGAAUGUGACUGCACACGGACUGGAUAUUAUGGACAAAACUGCACAGUUCCUGAAUUCUUCACAUGGCUGAAAGUGUCUCUGAAACCCACACCAAACACAGUGCACUAUAUCCUCACACAUUUUAAAGCUUUCUGGAACAUCCUCAACAACAUUCCAUUUCUGCGAGACUCUGUCAUGCGUUAUGUUUUAACAUCACGUUCCCAUUUAAUUGAAAGUCCCCCAGUCUUCAACGCUGACUAUGGCUACAAGAGCUGGGAAGCCUAUUCCAAUCUGUCCUAUUUCACACGUACUUUACCUCCUGUUCCCAAGGAUUGCCCAACACCUAUGGGAGUUGCAGGUAAAAAAGAGCUGCCUGAUGUGAAGGUGUUGAUGGAGAAGUUUCUGCUCAGGAGGAAGUUUAUCCCUGACCCACAGCACACCAAUCUUAUGUUUGCCUUCUUCGCUCAGCACUUCACACACCAGUUCUUCAAAACUGACAUGAAGAGAGGCCCAGCCUUCACUAAGGCCAAGAACCAUGGGGUUGAUCUGCAUCACAUUUAUGGGGAGGACCUAGAACGGCAGCAUAAACUCCGGCUAUUUAAAGAUGGAAAGUUAAAAUAUCAGGUUCUGGAUGGAGAGGAUUAUCCUCCACUGGUCAGUGAAGUUCAGGUGGAUAUGCACUAUCCACCUCAUGUGCCUGAGUCUCAUCGCUUUGCUGUAGGUCAUGAAGCCUUUGGUCUGGUCCCAGGCCUCAUGAUGUAUGCUACUAUCUGGCUUCGGGAACACAACCGUGUGUGUGACGUUCUUAAGCAGGAACAUCCAGAUUGGGAUGAUGAGAGGCUCUUUCAGACCACAAGACUCAUCUUGAUUGGUGAGACCAUCAAGAUCGUAAUUGAGGAAUAUGUGCAGCACCUUAGCGGCUACCACUUUAAGCUUAAAUUUGAUCCAGAGCUCCUAUUUAACCAGCAAUUCCAGUACCAGAACCGGAUCUCCUCUGAGUUUAAUACCCUUUAUCACUGGCACCCACUCAUGCCUGAUGACUUCCACAUCCAGGGUGAUGUCUACAGCUACAAGCAGUUCCUCUUCAACACCUCCAUGGUGACAAACUACGGCAUAAGCAGUCUGGUGGAUUCAUUCUCCAAGCAGAUAGCAGGCAGGGUUGCCGGUGGUCACAAUGUUCCGCCUGCAGUGAUGAUGGUGGCAGCAAAAUCCAUUGAGAACAGCAGACUGAUGCGCUACCAGUCUUUCAAUGCUUACAGGAAACGCUUUAACAUGAAGCCCUAUGCCUCGUUUGAAGAGCUGACAGGUGAAAAAGAGAUGGCGGCGGAGCUGGAAGAGCUGUAUGGAGAUGUUGAUGCUAUGGAGCUGUACACAGGCCUGCUUGUUGAAAAGCCACGUCCUAAUGCCAUCUUUGGAGAGACCAUGGUGGAGAUGGGUGCCCCGUACUCACUGAAAGGCCUGAUGGGAAACCCUAUCUGCUCCCCCGAGUACUGGAAGCCCAGCACAUUUGGUGGCAAAGUCGGCUUUGACAUCAUCAACACGGCCUCGCUGCAGAAGCUGGUAUGCAAUAACGUCAAGGGGCCUUGUCCUGUUGUGUCUUUUCACGUGCCUGAUGUAAAAGACUCGGUACUGACGAGGAUCAACGCAAGCACAGCACACUCGAGUAAAAAAGACGUCAACCCAACACUUCUACUUAAAGAGAGGACCUCUGAGCUCUGACAGACCACUACUGUGAUCGAUUCUUGACAGAGAUCAGGAACUAAACUAGCAUAAGUUUUAUUUAUUUAUUUAUUUAUUGCAUAUUUAUUUAAUUUUUUUCUAUUUAAAUUGUGCAUUUUUGUAUGAAAAACUCACGCUGUGUUUUAAAUUAAUGUACUAUAAAUCUUUGAAAAUCGAUAAAUAUUUCUGUUUCAGAACCAGAAUCAUGUUUUAUUAGCCACUCAAGUGUAGACAGAAGGAUUGUGAGGAUCUGGCUGAUCAGCUCUGGUUGUCUCUUUGUGUAGUCGACAACUAUUUUACUUUAAGUAAAAUGAAGAAUAUUGCACAACAAAGAGGAUAGAAAAAACAAUGUUAACUGCCUGUCAUCAAGCUUAUGAAGGAAAUAUGUGUUCAUUCAAGUCUGGUUGCAUGUAAAAAGGGUGGAUUCUGAUAUCUGGUGGUUUUCAUGCACAGUGAAUUGAAUGCCUGCUGGGUCAAAGGAUUGGAAACAUUUUUUUUUGCUCAUUUCUUGGUCCAGGAGGCAAACAGGGUUUUGAGAAUGGGCAGGUUUCCUUCCAGGGUUUUGAAAAUGGGCAGGUUUCCUCUCAGGUGUCUUUAGGCUGACUGACAAAGCCCUUCAGUCUGUUCAGGGUUGAGUUUCCCAAAAUCAUCAAAUUAAAUACAGUAAAGUGCUUUUAACAAUCGACAGCUUUACAGAAAUGUAUAUUAAAUUCCAUUUGUAAAUUUAAAACUUUAUUCUUAAUGUGCAAGUCAGAGGUGAAGGUUAUGAGGAAAAGCUCCCUGAGACGAUGUGAGGAAGAAACUUGAUGAAACCUUCCUCAAAAGGGACCCUCAUCCUCAUCUGAGUGACACCGGAGAGUGUGAUUAUGAAUAAUUUCCGCUCUGUAACUGUGUACUAUAUGGACAAAAACUGAAGCUGUGUAACAAGGAUCUUGAUGAGAACGAGAGAAUCAGAGUAACUUCUGAAUUCUUUACAGUUUAAUUCUGAGUAUUGAAGUGAUGAUUAUUGUCUGUGCAAGGCUUCGGGGAACCUCAGCCCAGGUCUCUACAGGUUACAGAAGCACAGCUGUUUCUGUGGUGUUGAGGACAGACUCAGAGGUGGCUGUGUAGAACAGGGCUAACAGCAGGGGUUCAGUUCACUGAUUUAUGUACAUUGUAAAAUAUUGAAUUUUUUUGUACUUUUGUGAUCCCAGAUGUUAACAAUGAUGACAAUAUUUACACUGUUUUCUUUAUUAUUAUGGAAAUAAUACUUGAACAAAUUUAGUUUACAAUUUACUUUACAUUUAGUUUACAAUUUACUCCUAAACAGUGAUUUAGCAUUUUACAGCAUUUUCUUGCCAUUUAUUUGCUCCUAGUUUAGGUUUUCCUGGUUACAUGAUAUUUAAAGAAUACUUAUUUCCAACUGACCUUCAGUAUCUUGUCAAACGAUUGCUCAUGCAAUAUUACAAGGCAGCUAAAUACAUGUGGUGGAGAGCAGGAACUGCCAUCCAUAAAUACAUACGCAAUACAUAAAUAAAUCAGAUAUAGUUGUUCUUAUUGACAGAGGAGAGAGAGCAACCCUGCUCCCACUUAUUACUUAUUCCCACACCAUUACCAGUGUUUUUCUUUUUAAUAAAUAAAUGAAUA